AUGUCGUCCUCCGGAGGCGAUGAGAUCGAGACGCCGCCGUCGCCGUCCGACGUCGACGCCGUCCGCGCGUACGUCACGACCGGGCCGCUGUUCCCUCAGCUCGAGAUGCGCGAUCGCGACGUCACCGAGACGCGCGUCGCGGAGUGGAUCGCGCUCGUCGCCGAGCUGUGCGACGUUCUCGGGUUCGACGCGCACUCGAUGGACGACGCGCAGGCGUCGCGGACGUAUCGAUACUACCUCCCCGUGUACCUGUGGACAGAGGCGCGGAUCCUCGCGCACGUGGACGCGUACCAGACGCCGCAGCGUUCGCGCGACCCGCCGCCGCCGCUGGUGGUCGGCCUCAGCGCGCCGCAGGGGUGCGGGAAGACGACCGUCGUCUCGACGCUGGUGAAGCUCUUGGAACGCCGCGGGACGCGCGCGGCGUCGCUGUCCAUCGACGACGUGUACCUGACCGGCGCGGAGCAGGACGCGCUGGCGGCGGCGAACCCGACGAACGCGCUGUUGCGGUUCCGAGGGAACGCGGGGUCGCACGACGUCGGGUUGGGCGUGGAGACGUUGCGGGCGCUGCGCGACGUCAACGGCGUUCGCGGCGACGGCGGCGAGGCGCGCGGCGCGGUGAGAGUGCCGCGGUACGAUAAGACGAUGCGCGGCGGCCGCGGCGACCGCGCGCCCGUCGACGCGUGGCCGGAAGUUCAAGCGCCGCUGGACGUCGGAUGGAUGCUCGGGUUCACCCCGAUCGGCCCCGACGCGUGCGAUGCGAUCGACCCCGACCUCGUCGCCGUGGACGCGUCGCUGUCGAACGGCGGGUACGACGCGCUUUCGGCGCUCGUCGACGCGUGGGUCGUCGUGAAGGUGGCGGACGCGGAGUGGGUCCGCGCGUGGCGGCUGCAGGCGGAGCGUCAGACGAGAGCGGAGGGGAGGCCGACGCUGAGCGACGACGAGGUGAGCGACUUCGUGGACAGGUUCAUGCCCGCGUACGUCGCGUACUUGCCGGGGUUAUACGCGCGAGGGCCGGACGGCGGCGGGGAGGGGGGCGGCGGCGGCGGCGGCGGGAGCGGGAAAAAGCCGACACUCGUCGUGGAGGUGGACGAACGCAGGAACGUGCGGUGA